GGCGCACACCGCUUCCCUCCUCUCCGGCACCCGCACCGAGAAACCCCAAACCGCAGGGAGCCGCGCGGCUGGGGGCAGCUGGGCGUGCACGGGUUGCUGACAGCCAGGAACCAUCGGGCCGGGAAAGUUUCCCGGGGAGGCGCUGAGUGGGGCACCAGCGGAGCCGAUUCCUGUCUCCGAGGCUGGGCUGAGCGGCGGCGGCGGCGGUGGGCGCGCGGUAUUUCCAAUCCUUGAACUUCCUGUGAUCUCCUGGAUGGAGCAGGAGGAAGAGCCGUGCAUCCUGGAUCUCCAGGGCUCCGAGGAAAGGGAGAUCCAGAGAGACACACCCACAGGUGACAGGGCAGCAAGUGAGGAUGAGGUGAAUCCUCAGCAGGAAGUGGAGCCGUGUGGGACGGUCUCGGGGCUUGUUCCAGCCUGCCAGAGCCAGGGUGGACCAGGGAGGCUGCGUGUGAACCCUCCGAAGAUGAGGCGUCGUCGGUCUGCCCACCGUGAGAGGGGAUUCAUCAACCUGCUGGGCAUCCUGGAGCCCCGGCGCCCGGCAGAUAAGCCCUACCGGUGCACAGAGUGUGAGAAGAGCUUCAGCCAGAGCUCAAAUCUCAUCGAGCACCAGCGGAUCCACACGGGCGAGCGCCCCUUCACCUGCAGUGAGUGCGAGAAGAGCUUCAGCCGCAGCUCCACCCUCAUCGAGCACCAGCGCACGCACACGGGCGAGAAGCCCUACACCUGCCCCGAGUGCCAGCGCAGCUUCAGCCGCAGCUCCACCCUGACCGAGCACCAGCGCACGCACACCGGGGAGACCCCUUUCCACUGCCCCGAGUGCGGCAAGAGCUUCAGCCGCACCUCCAACCUGGUGAAGCACCUGCGCACCCACACGGGCGAGAAACCCUACGGCUGCAGGGAGUGCGGCAAGCGCUUCAGCCUCAGCUCCAACCUCAUCAAGCACGAGCGCACCCACACCGGGGAGAAGCCCUUUGCCUGCGGGGAGUGCGGCAAGCGCUUCAAGAAGAAGACCCACCUGGUGUCCCACCACCGCACCCACACCGGGGAGCGGCCCUACGAGUGCACGGAGUGCGGCAAGCGCUUCAGCCAGAGCUCCACCCUCAUCGAGCACCAGCGCAUCCACACCGCGGACAAGCCCUACCGGUGCACGGAGUGCGAGAAGAGCUUUGGCCAGAGCUCGGUGCUGAUUGAGCACAUGCGGAUCCACACGGGCGAGCGCCCCUUCGUCUGCGGCCAGUGUGGCAAGCGCUUCAGCCAGAGCUCCACCCUGCUGGGCCACCAGCGUACCCACACGGGCGAGAAGCCUUUCACCUGCCCUGAGUGCCAGCGCAGCUUCAGCCGCAGCUCUGCCCUGACCGAGCACCAGCGCACCCACACCGGGGAGACCCCUUUCCAUUGCCCCGAGUGCGGCAAGAGCUUCAGCCGCACUUCCAACCUGGUGAAGCACCUGCGCACCCACACGGGCGAGAAACCCUACGGCUGCAGGGAGUGCGGCAAACGCUUCAGCCUCAGCUCCAACCUCAUCAAGCACGAGCGCACCCACACUGGUGAGAAGCCCUUUGCCUGCGGGGAGUGCGGCAAGCGCUUCAAGAAGAAGACCCACCUGGUGUCCCACCACCGCACCCACACCGGAGAGCGGCCCUAUGAGUGCACGGAGUGCGGCAAGCGCUUCAGCCAGAGCUCCACCCUCAUCGAGCACCAGCGUAUCCACACCGGCGAGAAGCCUUUCCGCUGCCCCGACUGCGGGCGCGGCUUCUACGUCAACUCUAAACUGGUCAAACACCGGCGCAUCCACACCGGGGAGAAGCCCUACGGCUGCAGUGCCUGUGGGAAGAGCUUCCGCUACAAGCAGCAGUUCACCCGUCACCAGCAGCUGCACCAGGGGGAGGAGACGGUGGCCGUCCUGACCCUGGGUGGGGUCAAUGUCCUCCUAACUUAGAGUACGGGAAUUCCUUGGGCCUCCUGUCUUGGAGUACGGGAAUUCCUUGUCCAGAUUUCCUGCAGCUCUGGGAGUGGGGUCUAGUGCGGGGGAGGCUGAGAGGACUGCAGGGUUCAAUCCCUGGCUGUGGAAAGAGAGUGGAAUUUAGUGGUUACAGCAGGUGGAGGCUGGAGUCCUAGGUUCUCUUCCUGGAUCUGGGAGGGGGUUGAGGUCUAGGGGUAGAGCAGGUGGGCUGGCAGUCAGGACUCCUGGGUUCUACCUAGAGUUCUUGGGGGGGGUGGUCUGGUGGGUUAGUGCAAGGCGGGGCCAAGAGUGAGCACUAAUGAGUUCCAUUCCCAGCUGUGAUUGAGUAUUUGGGAAUUUGUGCGGGGGAAGGAGGUUGGGAGUAGCUGAAAACUGAUGUUAUGGUGAGCCUUGGUUUAAGCUACCAGGACAUCACCAGAGCUAACCUCCAGGUUAGUGGUUCAAAUCUAGCUGAGGCAAGGUGCUCCCAGCCUGAGAGAUACUAAUUCAGUGUGUUGGAACCCUUCCCACAGCAAGACGGCCCUGGGAUUCCCCUCCCAUCUAGGGCACGGUGGUCACACACCUGUUCAUGACUCUCCUAGUGGGGUCAGAGCUCACACUAGAUAAAAGAUCACUUUAUACAGUUGAGAACCCUUCCAUUAUAGCGACUAACAGACUGUAGACUCUCAACAGUUCCAAAGGCAAUGUUCUCGGUCUCUUGGGUGUGUUAUAUCGGUUUGUAUGCACUAGUUGUGUGUUUGUGUGUAUUGGUAAAAUACCAACCCUGCACUGAUAGCGUGCUGAGGUUGACAUGUAUAAGUAGUUGCAGGAAGGUUCGGGGUGGAAUUAAAGUCUAAACUUCCCACCUCAGU